CGCCAGUGCGUCACGCCGGCGGAGGGACGGUGGGCUGCGGCCGACCGGCGACGAGCCGCGCGUCCCGGGCUCGGCGGCGGGGACCGGCGGCUCAUUCAUUCGCGCUCCGCCUUCGGGCCCCCGCGGCGCGGCUGAGAGGAUGGCCUUCCCUGUGGAUUUACUGGAAAACUGCACACAUGAGGAAUUGGAAAAUUCUGCCGAGGAUUACCUCUCCAACUUAAGGUGUGGAGACCCUGAAAAUCCAGACUGUUUUUCUAUUCUCAAUAUUACGAUCCCGAUCAGCCUGUCAAACGUGGGCUUUGUACCUCUUUAUGGUGGCACUCAGACCCAGAAAGUUCUUGCUCUCUUUGCACCUGAGGAUUCGCUCACAGCUGUGGCACUUUACCUUGUUGACCAGUGGUGGGCCAUUGAUGAUAUUGUGAAAACAUCUGAACCUUCCAGAGAGGGGCUAAAGCAGGUGAGCACUCUUGGAGAAAGAGUGGUUCUGUAUGUUCUCAACCGAGUUAUUUAUAGAAAACAGGAAAUGGAGAGAAAUGAGAUCCCAUUCCUAUGCCAUAGCAGUACUGACUAUGCUAAGAUUCUGUGGAAGAAAGGAGAGGCUGUUGGGUUUUACUCAGUUAAGCCUACAGGAAGCUUAUGUGCCUCAUUUCUUACUCAGAGUUACCAACUGCCAGUUCUUGAUACAAUGUUUAUAAGAAAGAAAUACAGAGGAAAAGAUUUGGGACUUCACAUGCUGGAGGACUUCGUUGAUUCCUUUACAGAAGAAGCGCUUGGCUUGCGGUACCCGCUGUCUUCUCUCAUGUACACAGCUUCCAAGCAAUACUUUGAAAAGUAUCCGGGGGACCAUGAGCUUCUUUGGGAAGUUGAAGGGGUGGGUCAUUGGCAUCAGCGGAUACCAGUCACCAGAGCAUUACAGAGAGAAGCAAUUAAAGUCACAGAGAUUUCUCAAUAUGAAGCUAAAAGACCUGUGUCUGGAGACUAUGGUCUUGCUUCUGUACCAGAAUAUGAACCUGGAAUGGAAGACGAUCAGUCUAGUGAGAUGCAGAUCCAUUCCAUAAAGGAUGCCUUUGCUAGCACUUCUGAAGGUCCAGAAAAGACUCCUGUUUCCACUCGAACUCGAAGUAGUCAUCUAAAGCGACCAAAGAUUGGAAAGCGGUUUCAGGAUUCUGAAUUUAGUAGUUCUCAGGGUGAAGAUGAAAACACUGCUCAGACUUCACCUAUGGCUUCAAUAAACAAACUAGAAUAUACUGCACGAACAUCAGAGAGCUCAGAAGAAUUCCUGGAAGAAGAACCCGAGAAGAGAGUGGUUGAAUUUGAAGAUGAAAACAGUGAGAAAGACGGGCAGCCUGCACUGGAAACUCAGCCGUGCCUGGAGAAACAAGAUGGUGACAAAGACUCUGCGUUAGAGCCUGUGAAUGGUGAAGUAGUGGAUGAUGCCCUUAAGACCUCACUUGUCACUGAAGAGGAGGACUCCACCAGUGAAGGUCUAGAAGAAGAGUUAAAAGUUCCAUCUUUUAAUUCCAGUGAAGAGACUGUGAAUGUUGUUCCACCAGGGACCGACUCUCCAAAAGCUCCCGAGGCUGCUCCAGACAAGACUUCACCUGUUUCUGACUCAGAAAUGUUGACAGAUCAAGGCCCAUCUAAUGAUAAAGGACAUACCGAAGAGAGGCUGUGCCAAGUUUCAAAGAAGAAAACACAUUUGGGGAGCUCAGACAGUGUUGCCACUCUGUCAAAUGAAGAGAAGUCUGACAGUGGUUUUCCAAAUUCUGCAGUAGCAGACUUUCCUGAAGAGCCAGUCUCUGAGAAUUUGUCGCCCAACACUACUUCCUCACUGGAGGAUCAGGCUGAGGAGGGGGUCCCAGAGCCCCAGGAAACAGCUGCUGCUCAGAGUUCUCUGAUAGAGGUAGAGCUUGAAGAUGUGCCAUUUCCACAGAGUGCAGGACAAAAGAACCAGUCAGAGGAGCAAUCCGAAGCCUCUUCUGAGCAGCUGGACCAGUUUACACAGUCAGCCGAGAAAGCUGUGGAUAGCAGCUCAGAGGAGAUAGAAGUGGAGGUUCCUGUAGUUGACAGGCGGAAUUUGAGAAGAAAGGCCAAAGGGCAUAAAGGACCUGCCAAGAAGAAAGCCAAACUGUCUUGAAUGAAGAAAUGCGUAUGAUAAAUCUUCUUCUUUGUAAUGUAGUUGUUGUUUUUAAACCAUAAUUAAUAAACAGUGUGGGGCACAGGACAAAUUCCAAAAUUUCAGUUUGAAUUUAUUUACAAAUGCAGGUUUUCCUCUUCACUUUAGGAACUAGGAUUCACCAUUCUUUUUAAUUUUUUCAGGCUAUUUUCUCUAAGUAACCAUGUGUCAAUUUUGGGAAUCCAGGUCAUAUAUUUUUCUUUAGCAGGUGAAACAUCUAACCAUAAUAUUUUAAAAAUACCAAUUUAAAACUAGUAGAUUUUUCUAACAAACAUCACAGAAGUCUUUUGUACUAAGGGUUUUAAUGGUAAAACUUGGCAAGGGUUCUUGAGGUUUUAUCUUAGUAUCAAAACCAAUCUCCAUUUUUUAAGUGUAGGCAUACCUAAACAAAAGUGUCAAUAAAUAAAUCUCAGGUGAGACGACAAAAAAUGAAGUUCAUGGCCAGUGAAGAUGAUUGUUUUAGGUUUUUAUUUAUUGUCAUAGAUGCAGUUUCUUUAAUGUCUGUGGGGAAGUACACGCAGACUAGCCUUCACGUCAUCUGGUGUUAACAGUACUGUUAGAAAUUUAACUGACAGCUGGGCAGUGGUGGCGGCGCACGCUUUUAAUUCCAGCAUUCAGGAGGCAGAGGCAGGCGCAUCUCUGAGUUUAAGACCAGCCAGGUCUACAGAGCCACUGCCAGAACAGGCUCCAAAGCUACAGAGAAACUCUGUCUCAACCCCCCCCUUCAGAAAGAAAGAGAGAAACAGAGACAGAGAGAGAGAGAAAUGGCAUGUGGGCAAUUUAAAGUUCCACCUAAAGUGUUGGUUUGCUAUAAUUUAAAAAUUUUUCUGUAUAUUUGCAUAAUCUGGUAAACACCUCAACUAAUUGAAUUUAGAAUGGACUGUGGUCCUGAUCACAGAUAACUUUUUAUUCCUACCUAAUUAAUGGGAGUACCGCAUAAAUAUAGGCCCCUUUCUAAACCUGCUUAAUCCCUCUACAGCUAAGUCACUGUGAUUCUUCUUUGAAAAAAACUUGCAUCUAGCUUAUGAGUUACACCCUUGUUUCCAUUUUGGGAUAGGUUUAGGACCACCAUGUUUAGACAAGCUACCCUAUGAGAUGAACAAAUGUGUAAAUUCUCACUCACUCUGUUGUCCCUUUGGGGUUUGCAUACUUUAGGUGGGAUUCCAAGUACUGACUACAAGCUGUCCUGUAUGUAUACCUUAUUGCCAUGGCAAAUACAUUUGAUUUGUAUUGGGGGGGUGAACCUGUUCAUUUCUUUAUAACAAUAGGUUUUAAAAUGAACAAAAUGAUUAUUCUUAGAAUCCAUAGAGAAUCUGUCAAUACUACUUUGGAAGUACCAUGUGCUCUGAUUUACACUUAAGUUGGAGACUACUUUGAAAUCAUUUAGAUUUGUUUUUGAAAUAGUUUGAUAUCUGAGGUGCUGUAAGUUUUUGUUCAGCUCAUUCACUCUUCAGUCAGGUGAUCUGGUGAUGUCAUGUCUUACAUUUUUCUUAGGGAUGCUGGUAUUUUAGAAAACUUUAAUUAAAAAUCAGACCAAAUAGCAAACUCUUCCAUGAUGUUAGAACACUUGCAUUUACCUGUUGUUUUAAUUUUUGGUUGUAAGCUAAAUGGUUUCAUUCUAAGUGAAAAGUAUAGUGUUUUUCUCAAUAAAUGCUAACUUAAAGAAUAGUUAUGAUUAAUUCUGGCAAGUUUGCCAAAUGCUGAUGCUGCUUUAUACAUUUAGAGAAGCUUCAGUUAAUAUCUCAAUUAGGGUAUAACUGGAGUCUGUUAAGAUUCAGAGACUUAAAUUCUAGUUUUUUUUCUUAAUGCACACUAAAGAAUUCUUCCAGUUACUUUAUUUUUGGUUAUUGUUCCCUUUAUAUCACAUUCUUUAAAAAUGAGUGUUUCUAGGAGAUUGUACCCACUGGCAGCUCAAUAUUUGAAUAAUCUCUUGAAUUAAAGAAAAAUAGACAUCACAUUGGGGACUUGCAGCAUAAGCUUAUACUUACCAAACUAUUUAGCAUAAUUAAAGCAAUUUCAAAACAUUUAGCACACAAGAAAACUUGUUAAUUGUCUGUGAUAGAAGUUAAAGUUUUGAGAUCACAGAGGAAAAAGCUGGGUCACACAGAAAAGAUCUUUUAUAUUCAGUAACAUACUGAUUAUAUAAAAUUUAUAACAAAUUAUAUUCAGUAGGGAACCUAAAUAACCUUAGAUACCUGUAGCUUUUGCAAGGCACGCAGGGAUCUGCUGUAAUUUCAAGCAGCCGUUUGUUGAGUGUUUGGUCACAUUCUGUCGUCUCUCAUGAUUGGUACUUUUGUUUAGAAGUCAUGUGUGAGAAGGACUUUCCCUUCUGGUGUAUAUACAUAUAUAUUUCCUUAUAUAAUAUAAAGCAGAUGAGUAUUAGCAAAAAUUUAGUUCUACUUUCAAACUUAAACUACUGUUAGACCACAUAAAAAUUUAUUUAAGAAUUUUAUUGUAAAGCUCCUUUACAACUUUUAAAGAUGGAGAGUCUAUUAUGAUUUUUUUAAUUUAAAUCAAAUAAUAGCAUGACUUAGUGUCAGUCUUUACAUGCGUUCACAAACUUUAAUGUGUCUACUUACAUUGGUUUGUAGAGUAAGGAGAACAUCUAGUCAUUAGUGGUUUACUUUUAACAAUGACCACAGUGUUACCUAAGAUGGUUUGUGACUUUAGACUAGUAUUCCUUUAAGCCUUUUCUACCAACUAAACAUCUGUUCUAAUGUUCUUUCCUUGGGGAUUACCUUCUAAGGUGUGGUCACACCAGCAAUUGAAACAGAUUUAAAUGUAAAUAAAGAAUUUAUACUAACACUUCUCAUGUGUAACCGUAUUUUAGAGACCAACUUCUGCUUUUUAUGUCCACUAGAAAUCUGGUGUUUUGGGUGUGGUCUGUUAACAUACAUCAUGCUUGUUUUCAUACUUCCUACAAUGCUUUUUGGGUACAAGAUAGUUUGCUGCUUCUAGUUCUAAAAAAAUAAGCAAACGUAUUUCAACAAUACCCACUGAUUACCUGAAGUCAAACUUCCUUUCACCAUCUGUAACUCAAGUGACUAAAUCAUACAUUACCUGUUCAUAUUGGUGGAAAAUGUUGAAAUCUAAUUGUAAGAAAGGUCCCCCAGGUGAUUCUGUCUGUACUGAGUGGUCAUUUACCAGCUUUCCCUUUCCCCUCACCAUCUCUGUAUGUUCUAAAACUUAGCAGGGGAAAUGUAUUAUUCAGAGUAACAAGUCUUACUGGAGAAUUUAUGGUUUGUUUCCUUGCUAGUUGCCCACCCCCCAAUGCUUAAAAUAGUAAUUAAACCUAUAUUUUGUGAUUGC